CACAGCCUCUCAAGCCCGCCCCCGUUCUGGGCUUCUGGCAUCGAUCGAUCCAGAUCCAGGCAUCCAGCCGACGAGACCGCAUAUUCCACCGCGUCCGCGAGGUCGUCAUCGUCUUCCUCGUUCCCCAUUCCCGUCCCCGUUCCCCUCUCUUUGAGUCGCUGUGAAGCGGGAUCUCGGUCCAGCCUUCGAUUGAUUUCUUCGGUUCGUUGCUGGGGUUCUGAACCCCAUUCCGCGAGGCACGUCCGAUCAGAUCGACUAUUUUAUGAGUUCACAGGCCACCCAGCAUGAAGUUUUUAGAAUACACCCCCUUCGACAGUAUAAAUUUGUUCCUCGAGCAGCUCAACCUUGGAGAUUGUACAAUCAGAGGAAACCUUGAGGCCUUCUCAUGCAAGCACACUGCAACAGACCGUCGGCUUUCAAUAAGCCUAGAACACGAGAUUCUUGAUUACCUUGGCAAGUCUGCUGAUAGUGAUCCUUCUUCACCAGUGGAGCACUUAUCCUCCAGAUCAAGCCGGAAAACAUUGAUAUAUCUAGUUCUCACUCUUGGCCACAUAUAUCCAGAUUAUGAUUUCAGUGCUGUUCGGGCACACUUGUUCUUCCAAGAAGAGGAGUUGGAAAGUUUCAAGCAGAUGGUUGACACCUACUUAUCUGAUGCUUCUAGGCAAUGGGCAGCCACAAAUGAGGGCAGUUCUCUUCUGGACAGUAUGACUAAAGCAAUUGAUGAGGUUAUCAAAAUCAGAGAGUGUGACAUCUACAGCUAUAACCCAGACUCUGAUGCAGAUCCAGUUCUAGAGAAAGGGGCCAUAUGGUCGUUCAACUACUUCUUCUACAAUAGGAAGCUAAAACGAGUUGUGAGCUUUCGAUGUUACUGCACUAGCAAAUUAUCAGGAGAUGACUUCUUAACUGGUGUUGCAUCUGAUGGUGAAGAGGAAGAUGCCUUGAUUGACAUGGACAUAUGACUGACGGAGUUCUGCGAGCUACCUGAUGUGCGUGUAAUAUAGAGCACGUAUGCACAUUCCUGUUAGGAAACUUUUAAUAUGACUUCCUUCUAUCGUAGCCUGUAAAAACCAUGGCCCCUGUUUACCUUUGUUUGUAUAUGCGGAUUUGAGAUUUGGCAGCGGGAAACUUCCAAACCCUGAGGCUUGAACUGCCAUGUCAAUUUGGUACUCAGUUGUUUGCUAGUACCGGAGUCUGUUCUGCCUAGUUAAACAUGAAGAUAUUUCUGAAUAUUGUGUGAACUGAAUUGUCAAAUUUGCUCAGUUGUUAAUUCAGGGGGAGAUAGUAUGGAACUGCCCCAUCCUUA